CACACGAACGCACCCAGACCCGCUUGAACCAUGAUCGCGGCUGCCUUUUUGGUCUUGCUGAGACCUUACAGCAUCCAGUGUGCCCUCUUCUUGCUGCUUCUGCUGGUGGGGACCAUCGCCACAAUUUUAUUCCUCUGCUCCUGGCACCGUAAGGUCCAGAAAGGGAGGCAUCCGAUCAAAUCGGUCUUUGCGGGGCGCUCAAGGAGCCGAGAUGCUGUAAUGAGAACUCAUCACUUUCGUUCCGAGGGUUUUAGAGCAAGUCCACGCCAUGUUAGAAGGCGUGUAGUCCCUCGCCUUGAAGAAAUACAGCCCCUGGUAGAAGCACGUCAAGUGAGUGAACAAGAAACAUCAGUUAAGAAGAGAAAAAUCAAGAAAAGUAGCAGGGUCCAGCCAGAAUUCUACCACUCUGUUCAAGUCACACCUACUCGAAAGCCAAGCUCGGGAAACGUAUCUUACAGAUGCUCCGUUUCCUCCUCUGCGGAUUUUUCCGAUGAUGAUGAUGAUUUCAGCCAAAAAUCUGGCUCCCUCUCUCCGGCUCCGGGCGACACCCUACCGUGGAAUCUACCUAAACACGAGAGAUCCAAGAGGAAAAUUCAAGGAGGGUCUGUGCUGGAUCCAGCUGAGAGAGCUGUGCUCAGGAUAGCCGAUGAACGGGACAAAGUACAAAAGAAAACAUUCACAAAAUGGAUAAACCAGCACCUCCUGAAGGUUCGAAAACAUGUCAAUGACCUGUAUGAAGAUCUGAGAGAUGGACAUAACUUGAUUUCUCUUUUGGAAGUCCUUUCAGGAGAUACUUUACCCAGAGAGAAAGGACGGAUGAGAUUUCACAGACUACAGAAUGUCCAAAUUGCACUCGAUUAUUUGAAAAGGCGGCAGGUGAAACUGGUGAACAUUCGAAAUGAUGACAUAACAGAUGGGAAUCCUAAAUUGACACUGGGAUUAAUAUGGACCAUAAUUUUGCACUUUCAGAUUUCUGAUAUCCAUGUUACUGGAGAGUCAGAGGAUAUGUCUGCUAAAGAGCGGUUGCUUCUUUGGACACAACAGAUAACGGAAGGUUGUGCUGGAGUUCGUUGUGAAAAUUUCACUACCUGUUGGCGGGACGGGAAACUAUUUAAUGCCAUCAUUCAUAAAUACAGGCCGGACCUGGUAGACAUGAAUACUGUUGCUGUUCAAAGCAACCUUGCAAAUUUAGAGCAUGCUUUUUUUGUAGCUGAAAAACUUGGAGUUGCCAGGCUUUUGGAUCCUGAAGAUGUCGAUGUCUCCUCACCAGAUGAGAAGUCAGUAAUCACUUAUGUAUCAUCACUUUAUGAUGCAUUUCCCAAAGUACCUGAAGGUGGUGAAGGCAUCAGUGCACACGAUGUUGAAGUCAAAUGGAUUGAAUACCAGAAUAUGGUGAACUACCUCAUCCAAUGGAUUAGGCACCAUGCCACAAUAAUGAGUGACAGAGCAUUUCCAAACAACCCUGUAGAACUCAAGGCACUUUAUAACCAAUAUUUACAAUUUAAAGAAACAGAAAUUCCACCAAAGGAAAUAGACAAAUCAAAAAUCAAGCAUCUAUAUAAACUACUAGAGGUUUGGAUUGAAUUUGGGCGUAUCAAGCUUCCUCAAGGCUAUCAUCCAAAUGACAUUGAAAAAGAAUGGGGGAGGCUAAUUAUUGCUAUGUUGGAAAGAGAGAAAAUGCUUCGACCAGAAGUUGAAAGGUUAGAUAUGCUGCAGCAAAUUGCAAACAGAGUUCAGCGGGACAGCCUCACUUGCGAAGACAAGCUAAUGCUUGCUCGAAAUGCUACUCAGUCACAUACUGCUGAGAAAAAGGCAUUGGGAAUGGGGGAGGGAAAAAUCAAUUCCUCGUAUUCUUUCUCUCAUUACAGAGAACUAGGGCUGGGGUUGCAUAGACACAUAUGGUUUUUUAUCUCUUUCUGUAUCCUUCAGGCCUACCGAGCUGCAAUGCAAACCCAGUGGAGCUGGAUUUUACAGCUCUGCCAAUGUGUUGAACAGCAUUUAAGAGAAAACACUGCAUAUUUUGAGUUUUUCAGUGAUGCCAAAGAGGCUCUAGAUUACUUGAAGAAUUUACGAGAUGCUGUACAUCGAAAAUACAAUUGCGAUAGAUCCAGCAGCAUUCAUAAACUAGAAGAUCUGAUCCAGGAGUCUAUGGAAGAAAAAGAACAGCUCCUACAGUACAAGAGCACCGUGGCAGGCCUUGUGGGCAGAGCAAAGACAAUAGUUCAGCUAAAGCCGAGGAAUCCUGAAAAUUCCCUCAAAACGUCCAUCCCAGUUAAGGCCAUCUGUGACUAUCGACAGAUUGAGAUAACUAUUUACAAGGAUGAUGAAUGUGUCCUGGCAAGCAACUCUCAUCGAGCAAAAUGGAAAGUGAUCAGCCCAAGUGGCAAUGAGGCCAUGGUUCCCUCUGUUUGUUUUACCAUCCCACCUCCCAACAAAGAAGCCAUAGACACUGCAAAUAGAAUUGAGCAGCAAUAUCAGAAUGUCCUAGCUCUGUGGCAUGAGUCACAUAUAAAUCUGAAGAGUGUUGUUUCUUGGCACUAUUUAACAACUGAAAUUGAAACUGUUCGAGCAAGUAAUGUGGCCUCAAUCAAAACGCUCUUGCCAGGUGAACAUCAGCAGGUUUUAAGCAACUUGCAGUCUCGCUUUGAUGACUUCUUGGAAGACAGCCAGGAAUCCAAAAUUUUCUCUGUUGCUGACAUUGCCCAGUUGGAAAGGGAAGUAAAUGUAUGCAAGCAGUACUACCAAGAGCUACUUAAGUCUGCUGAGAGAGAGGAGCACGAAGAAUCGGUUUACAAUUUAUACAUCUCAGAAGUUCGAAACAUCAGACUUCGAUUGGAGAAUUGUGAAGAUCGUUUGAUUAGACAAAUUCGAACUCCUCUGGAGAGGGAUGACCUCCCUGAAAGUGUGUUCCGUAUCUCUGAACAAGAGAAGCUCAAGAAGGAGCUGGAUCGGCUCAAAGAUGAUUUGGAAACAAUCACAGAUAAAUGCAAUGAUUUCUUCAGCCAAGCUGCUGGUUCCCCUUCGGUCCCAACUCUGCGGUCUGAACUUAAUCUUGUAAUUCAGAACAUGAAUCAGGUGUAUUCCAUGUCUUCCAUCUACAUAGAAAAGUUAAAAACUGUCAAUUUGGUGCUCAAAAACACUCAAGGGGCUGAAGCUCUAGUAAAACAGUACGAAACCAAACUUUGUGAGGAAGACCCAUUAACUGCUGACAAGAGCAAUAUAGAGAACCUGAUGGGUACCCUGAAGCAAUGGAGAUCCGAAGUUGAUGAAAAAAGAGAAGUAUUCCAUGCUUUAGAAGAUGAACUCCAGAAAGCGAAAGCAAUUAGUGAUCAGAUGUUUAAAACACACAAGGAGCGUGAUCUUGACUUUGACUGGCACAAAGAGAAAGCAGACCAAUUAACUGAGAGAUGGCAAAAUGUGCAUUCUCAGAUUGAAAACAGGUUACGUGACUUGGAGACUAUCAAUAAAUCUCUAAAGUACUACAGAGAUACUUAUGGUGCACUGGAUAACUGGAUUAAGCAAGUUGAAGAAACACAGCAAAAAUUUCAGGAAAACCCACCCAAGAACAGUAAAGCUCUGGCACAACAGCUAAAUGAGCAGAAGAUGCUGGUGUCUGAAAUAGAGAUGAAACAAAACAAGCUAGAUGAAUGCCAGAAAUACUCAGAGCAGUAUUCAACUGCAGUGAAGGAUUAUGAGUUGCAAACAAUGACAUACAGAGCCAUGGUUGAUUCCCAGCAAAAAUCACCUGUAAAACGCAGAAGGAUGCAGAGUUCUUCCGACUUCAUUAUACAAGAGUUUAUGGAUUUACGAACACGCUACACAGCCUUGGUAACCUUGAUGACUCAGUAUAUAAAGUUUGCUGGCGACUCUUUGAAAAGGUUAGAGGAGGAAGAGAAAUCAAUGGAAGAAGAAAAGAAAGAACAUGUUGAAAAAACUGGGGACUUACUGAAAUGGGUUACAGAAAUCACCAGGAGCCUCAACAAAGGCAGUGGAGAAAGGGCUGAAAAAACAGAUUUUCUUAAGAAGCAGAUUUCUUCUGAUGAAUUAUCAGCCAAGAAAGAACAGCUAUCAGAGGCUUUGCAAGGAACACAGAUAUUUUUAGCAAAACAUGGUGACAAAAUGACAAAUGAGGAGAAAAACGAAAUGGAAAAUCAUAUAAAGUCCUUGCAAGAGUGUUCCAAACUCUUAUCCAAUGAAGGUUUGAUACAGUUGGAGGAGGAAAGAAAUAUAGAAGAUGAAAACAUGGAUGCAAAGGAUUUGAUGGAUCAGCAUCAGGAAUUCCAAGAAAAAUUACAGAAUAUAUGCGAUCAACUCACACAGACUGAAAAUCAGAUCAUCGGCCACAAAGAGGCCCUUGUGAUUGAAGAUACCAAGACUGAAUUACAGCAAUACCAAGUCAGGCAACAGGAAUUGCAGAAAAAUAUGCAAGCAAACACACAGGCCUUGGCAGAAAUUGUGAAAGACACAGAAAUGUUCUUGAAAGAGAAUGGGGAAAAGCUGCCAUUGGAAGAUAAGACUGCUCUUGAGAGGAAACUGAAUGAAGCGAAAACCAAGUGUUUGCUGCUAAGCCAGAAGGCAGAGGAAUCCAGAAAAGAGUUGGAUAAAGCUGUGACAACAGCUAUUAAACAAGAAACAGAAAAGGUUGCAGCUCGUCAACAACUUGAAGAGAGCAAAAAUGUGAUAGAAAAUCUUCUGGAUUGGCUGUCAAACGUAGAUAAGGAUGCUGAUCAUAGAGAUACAAAAUGCAAGCCAACAAUCAAACAGAAUGGUACUCAUUUUCAUAAAGGAGAUGGAGAGGAUUUGAUUGGAGGGGAAGAUGAAGUAAAUGGCAACUUGCUAGAAACCCAAGAACAGAAUGAAACUCUUGUAGAUGGACAACGUACACUGUCAGAUGAUAAUCUCAACAUGAAAUAUCAGAAAGCUAAGGCGCAACAUGAAAAAAUUAUUUCACAGCAACAAGCUGUCAUUGUAGCAACCCAAUCUGCCCAGGCUCUGCUGGAGAAGCAAGGACACCAUCUUUUGCCAGAGGAAAAAGAGAAAAUCCACAAGAACUUAAAGCAGCUGAAGGUGCAAUACGAGACUGCGUUGGCCGAAUCUGAGCAGAAGCUGAAGUUAACCCGCUCGCUACAGGAGGAGCUGGAGAAGUUCGAUGCGGAUUACUCCGAGUUUGAAAAUUGGCUGCAGCUGGCCGAGCAAGAACUCGAGAACCUGGAGAUCGGAGCCUCUGACUUCGGCGGUAUCAUCAUCAAACUGCAAAGGCAGAAGAGCUUUUCUGAAGACGUCAUUUCUCACAAAGGGGAUAUGCGGUUUAUUACCAUUGCUGGACAGAGAGUAUUGGAGGCAGCUAAGUCCUGCAACAAAAUGGAAGGUGUCAGAUAUGAGAAAGAAGGCCUGGAUACUUCAUCAACUUACAUGGAGGUACAGAAUAAGCUGGAUAGAGCAACCAGUCGCUUCAAGACUCUCUACUCUAAGUGUAGUAUUUUUGGAAAUAAUCUCAAAGAUCUGGUAGAUAAAUACCAGAAUUACAAAGACGCUGCAUCUGGGCUUCGUUCCGGACUCCAAGACUGUGAAGAAGCUGUGAAUAAGCAACUAUCUGAGGCAAUUGCUGGGGAUCCGAAAAAUCUUCAAAGGCAGCUAGAAGAAACCAAGGUGCUUCAAGGACAAGUAUCUAGUCAUCAGGUUGCAGUAGAAAAAAUGAAAAAAGCAGCCGAAGUGCUCUUUGACACCCGGGGAGAAUUAUUGCCAGACAAAGAUGAAAUCCAGCAAACACUGGACACUAUUGUAGAUAAAUAUAACCAGUUAUCUAAAGCAGUGAAUAAUCGUAAUGAAAAGCUCCAAAUAACGUUGACUCGUUCAUUAAGUGUUCAGGAUGGAUUAGAUGAAAUGUUAGAUUGGAUGAAUGGUGUUGAGAAGAAUCUUGAGAUGCACGGUCAAGUGCCUUUAAACUCUGCUGCUAUUGAAGAUGUCAUUAGCAAAAAUAUGGCACUAGAACAAGACAUUGUAGGCCGUCAGAGCAGCCUAAAUGCCAUGAAAGAAAAAAUGAAGAAAUUCAUGGAAACUGCAGAUCCCUCAACCGCAUCUUCUUUAGAAGCUAAAAUGAAUGAGCUUUCCCAGAGGUUUUGUAAUGCUCACCAUAAACAUAAGAAAAGACUAGAAGACAUGGAGAAGUUGAAGACCAGGGUAGAGUUGUUUGAAUGUCUGUCUGACAAGCUUCAGUCAUUCUUCGACAAGAAAACUCAAGCUCUCAAUGAGGCUGAUAUUCCUGGAAAGGAUGUUGCUGAAAUGUUCCUUUGUGUGCAGGAAACCAACACAGAAUUGAUGGAGCAGAAGAAAGAUCUUGAAGUUUUGCAACACCUCAUUGAAGAACUUUCUCCUCAUGCUCUACCAGGAGACAAGUCAUUAGUGUUAGAAAAAGUAAAUGCCUUGUCAAAGAAAUUCAGGGAAAUAGAAGAGAUGAUGCAAGAAAAAGAGAAGGAUGUGUCCUCUUGCCAACAACAAAUUGAUGCAUUCAGGGGUUAUGUUGAGUCUCUGAAGAAAUGGAUAGACGAAACGAUAGAAAGGAUUCCCCCUAUACAGCCCUCUUUAAAUACUGAUAGCUUAAAGAAACAUUUACAAAGCACCAAGGAUUUGGAAGAUGAAUGGAAUGCAAAGGCACCUGAUCUGAAGCAAAUGAAUAGCAGAGGAAAUGCUUUGUGUAACCUAAUUAUUGCUGUGACUUCCACUGCAAAGUCAUGGGGUGUAAAGUCAGAUGUACCUGGGGCAAUACCGAAUGGAGGUGGAACAGCUACUCAUCAUAAUCAGAGUUUUAUGACAAACAAAGAACUGACCACGAUUCAAAAUAGCAUGUCAACUGUGAAUCAGAGUUAUGAUGACUUGGGAGCAACACUGAAGGACAAGAGAUCAGAAUUGGAAUCGAUGCUUUUAAAUAUGCAAAACAUUCAAGAAGAAACAAGUUCAAUGAUGGAAUGGUUACAGAAAAUGGACACAGUUGCAGCCAAAUGGGAAACAACUGUUCUUGACAGCGAAACAGUUAAAGAAAAGGUUGAUCAGCAUAAGCUGUUUGAAACAGAAUUGAAGCAGAAUGAGAGUAAAGUGCAAGAGCUGAAGGACAGAGUCACAGAGUUGCUGGAAAAAAACCCUGAUUCUUCUGAGGUGCCAAAAUGGAAACAAAUGCUAGAGAAAAUAGAUUCCAAAUGGAGUCAACUCAGCCAGGUAGCAGCUGAUAGACAGAAAAAAAUGGAGGAAUCGUCAAAUUACCUGACCCAGUUUCAGGCAACUGAGGCUCAGUUAAGCCAGUGGCUGGUUGAAAAAGAAUUAAUGAUCAGUGUGCUUGGACCACUAUCAAUUGAUCCAAAUAUGCUAAACACACAGAAGCAGCAAGUCCAGAUUCUGCUCAAAGAGUUUGAUACCCGGAAACCCCAGUAUGAACAGCUAUCUGAAGUAGGUCAGGGAAUCCUGCAGAGGCCAGGAGAACACCCACCUACUCAUGAAAGAGUGAAGCAGCAGCUGACAGCAGUGGCCCAGAAAUGGGAUGCUUUAACAGGACAGCUGAGUGGCCGCUGUGGUCGAAUUGAACAGGUCAUUGUCAAAAGCACAGAGUACCAGAACUGUCUGAAAAACCUCUCCGAGAAACUUAGCAUGCUGGAGAAUAAAGUCCGCCAGAACCUGGCUAUAAGUGCAGACCCUGACUCUGUCAAGCAGCAACUGGAAACGGCUCAGGAAAUAAAAGGCGAAAUAGACCAAGAAAUGUUACACAUAAAUGUGGCUCAGGUUGUGUGCGAGGAAUUGUCUGCGUUGGUGGCAGAAGAUUACUUGAGAACUGAACUCGUCAGGCAAUUAGAAGCUGUCUUAAAGCCUUUCAAGGAGAUGGAACAAAAAGCAGGCAGUCUCAUUGAACAGCUUCAGUUAACCUAUGCAAGUUCUCAUCAAUUCCAACAAAUGUCUAAAGACUUUCAAGCAUGGCUGGACAUAAAGAAACAAACACAAAAUCAGUCUCCUCCCAUUUCCACUAAGCUAGAAAGCCUGCGGUCAUUAAUUGAGGAUCAGAAAGAAUUUAAGGCAGCAUUGUCUGACCAGAUUGGUUCAUAUGAAAAAAUAAUUUCAGAAGGUGAAAAUCUGCUUCAAAAGACUCAAGGGGCAGAAAAAACAGAAUUGCAGUCCCAGCUCAACAGGCUCAAAGCGAAUUGGGAUGAGCUGCAUAAACAAGUGAAUGAAAGGCAAGAUAAGUUGAAUGACUGUUUGGAAAAGGCUCUCCGAUACAAAGAACACGUGGAGGUCCUGCAACCCUGGAUAACCAAGUGCCAAAGUAACUUAGCAGAAAUUAAAAUAGGUAUCGAUCCUGUUGAGAUAGAGAAUUCCAUUGCUCAGGUGAAGAUUUGGCAGAAGGAUUUGGACAAACACCAAGGAAUUGUUGAGCUGUUAAGUAAUGCAGCAGAGAGUUUUCUUAGCGCCUGUCAAACUGAUAAGGAUAUUAUUGAAGAGGAAAAGAAACUAUUGAUACAGAAGAUGGAUAUGGUCACAGAACAGUUACAUAUUAAAACAGAUACUCUGGAAAAGAUGUCUCAGAGAUUAAAAGAGUUUCAGGAAUCAUCCCAGGACAUUAAGGAGCAGUUGAAGAACACUAGGGAACACUUAGAAAUACACAACGCUCUUAAACCUCAGACUUACAGUAUUAAACACUUAACUAUUAUGCAGACUCAGCAGAAAGCCCUUCAGACAUUGAAGUCACAAGUGGAUGUGACAAAAAAACUUGCCCAAGACCUGGUAGUGGAUGCUUCUGAUUCAGCAAACAUCUCUGACAUCUUGUUGCAAGCAGAAUCGUUAGAGGAAGAAUUCAACACGGUCAGCCAGCAAGUUGAGGAUGAAUGUUCCUUCCUGGAGACUAAGCUCCAAGGAAUUGGCCAUUUCCAAAAUACCAUUCGAGAGCUGUUUUCUCAAUUUGCAGAGUGUGAUGACGAGUUGGAUAGCAUGGCUCCUGUGGCCAGGGACCUUGUCACUCUGAAGUCCCAACAAAAGGCUAUAAAAGUUUUCCUUGAAAAAUUACAGGAACUGAUAAGCAACAACGAAAAUGCAAACAAGUCAUGUAAAGUGAUGUUAGCAAGUGAAGCAGAGGCGUCUCCUGAUCUCGCAGGUAUAAAAAGGGAUUUAGAGGCUCUGAAUAAGCAGUGCAACAAAUUACUGGACAGAGCAAAAACCAGAGAAGAGCAGAUCGAAGGGACUAUUAAUCGUGUGGAAGAAUUUUACAGCAAACUAAAGGGAUUUGCCAAACUGCUUGAGGAAGCUGAAGAACACGAAGAGUCCCAGGGCCCUGUUGGAAUGGAAACAGAGAUUAUUAAUCAACAACUGAAAGUAUUUCAGGCAUUUGAGAAAGAAGAGAUUGAACCACUGCAACUUAAGCAGCAGGAGGUAAAUUGGUUGGGUCAAGGCCUUAUUCAGAGUGCUGCUAAAAAUGCAAGUACUGAUACCCUUGAGCAGGAUCUUGAAGACGUUAAUACAAGGUGGAAAACUCUCAAUAAAAAGGUUUCACAAAGAGCAGCACAGUUGCAAGAAGCAUUGUUGCACUGCGGGAGGUUUCAAGAUGCUGUUGAAGCUGUUCUCAGCUGGUUAAUUGAUACAGAAGAUCUUGUAGCCAAUCAGAAGCCCCCGUCUGCUGAAUUUAAAGUUGUGAAGGCCCAAAUACAGGAGCAAAAACUUCUCCAGAGAUUGUUAGAUGACCGCAAGCCUACUAUUGAAUUGAUCAAGCGUGAAGGGGAAAAAAUUGCAGAGUCAGCAGAGCCGGCAGAUAAAGAAAAGAUCUUGAAACAGCUGAGUCUCCUGGAUAGCAGAUGGGCUGCAUUGCUUGAUAAAGCAGAAACGAGGCAUCGCCAGUUGGAAGGGAUUUCAACUGUAGCGCAGCAGUUCCAUGAAACCUUAGAACCAUUAGUUGAAUGGCUAGCAGCUACUGAAAAGAAGCUUUCCAAUUCAGAACCCAUUGGCACCCAGGCUUCCAAACUGCAACAACAAAUUUCUCAACAUAAAAUUAUAGAGGAAGACAUCACCACUCACAAUAAAAAUCUACAGCAAGCAAUUAAUAUUGGUCAAAUUUUAAACUCAUUGUGCUCCAGGGAAGACAAAGAGAUGGUUCAAGAGAAAUUAGAUUCUUCAGAAGGCCGAUACAUUGAGGUUCAAGAAAAAAGCAGAAGUAGGGCUGAGCUCCUGAAACAAGCAUAUUGCAAUGCUCAGAUUUUUGGAGAAGAUGAGGUUGAAUUGAUGAACUGGUUGAAUGAAGUCCAUGAGAAACUGAGCAAAUUGGGAGUCCAAGACUACAAUACUGAUUUACUAGAGAAACAGCACGCUGAAAUGCUGGUUCUUCAAGAAGAGAUUAAGAUCAGAAAAGAUAAUGUUGAUGAAGCUAUUCAAAAUGGUUUACUGCUUCUUAAACAAACUACAGGAGAUGAAAUUGUUGUAAUUCAAGAUAAAUUGGAAGGCAUCAAAGCAAGGUACAAGGAUAUCACUAACCUGAGUUCUGAAGUGUUCAAAACUUUAGAAGAAGCUCUUCAGCUUUCAGGGCGGCUCCAAUCAGCUCACAAAGAACUUUGUUCUUGGCUUGACAAAGUUGAAGUCGAGUUACUUUCACACAACUCUCAAGAUCCCAAAGGCAAAGAAUUAAGUGAAACACAAGAAAGACAAAAAGAACUGAAAAAAGAAGUAAAGGAUAAGAAAAGUUUAUUGGACAAUCUCAAUGAAAUCAGCAGUGCUUUGUUGGAACUGGUGCCAUGGAGAGCCAAGGAAGGGAUAGAUAAAAUGGUUACAGAAGACAAUGAACGAUACCGAUUAAUGAGUGACACUUUAAAUCAAAAAGUGGAAGAAAUUGAUGCUGCAAUUUUAAGAUCACAACAGUUUGAUCAGGCAGCUAAUAAUGAAUUAGCCUGGAUUGACAAAACAGAAAAGAAACUGAUAUCUCUGGGAGACAUAAGACUUGAACGGGACCAGACUUUUGCUCAGCUGCAAAUUCAAAAGGGGUUUACCAUGGAGAUUUUGAAACACAAGGAUACAAUAGAAGAACUUGUUUCAUCUGGGGAUGAGAUCAUGAAGACAUGUACAGAGGAGGAGAAACAAAUUAUGAAGAACAAACUGGAAACUCUCUUGCAUAAAUACGAUACGCUCUGUCAAAUGAAUUCCAAGAGAAACUUGCAAUUAGAACGGGCUCAAUCUCUGGUUAGCCAAUUUUGGGAGACUUAUGAAGAGAUUUGGCCAUGGCUAACUGAAACGGAGACGAUCAUCUCACAGCUUCCAGCACCAGCUCUUGAAUACGAAACUCUGAGGCAGCAGCAAGAAGAACAUCGGCAACUGCGAGAGUUGAUUGCUGAGCAUAAACCUCACAUAGAUAAGAUGAACAAAACUGGACCUCAACUCCUGGAGCUGAGCCCACAAGAGGGAUUUUUAAUCCAAGAGAAAUAUGUAGCAGCUGAUGCUCUUUACAGUCAAAUUAAAGAAGAUGUCAAAAAGCGGGCUCAAACACUGGAUGAAGCCAUUUCUCAAUCAACUCAGUUCCAUGAUAAGAUAGAUUCAACUAUUGAGAACCUGGACCGGAUCGCUGAACGUUUGCGGCAGCCACCUUCAAUCUCAGCUGAAGUGGAAAAGAUUAGAGAACAGAUCAGUGAAAAUAAGAAUGUCUCUGUAGAUUUGGAAAAACUACAGCCAGUGUAUGAAACUCUCAAACUGCGUGGAGAAGAAAUGAUUGCACGUUCAGAAGGAGCUGAUAAAGAUAUAUCUGCUAAAGUUGUUCAGGAUAAGCUCGAUCAGAUGGUCUUUAUCUGGGAGGAUAUCCAUGCUUUGGCUGAGGAAAGGGAAGCCAAGCUCCUUGAUGUCAUGGAAUUAGCAGAGAAGUUCUGGUGUGAUCAUAUGGCUCUCAUAGCCACCAUCAAAGAUACUCAAGAUUUUAUCAGAGAACUAGAAGGAGCAGGGAUUGAUCCUUCAGUGGUGAAGCAACAGCAGGAAGCAGCAGAGUCCAUCAAAGAAGAGGUAGAUGGGUUACAAGAAGAACUUGAUGCCGUUGUGAAUCUUGGUUCUGAACUCAUAGCUGCAUGUGGUGAACCUGACAAACCAUUAGUCAAUAAAAGUAUUGAUGAGCUAAAUUCCAUUUGGGAUGGUUUAAAUAAAGCAUGGAAGGAACGUGUUGACAAACUUGAAGAAGCUAUGCAGGCUGCUGUUCAGUAUCAAGAUGGACUACAGGCUAUGUUUGACUGGGUGGAUAUUGCUGGUAGUAAAUUGACUUCAAUGUCACCAGUUGGAACAGACCUAGAAACAGUAAAACAGCAAACAGAAGAGCUGAAGCAAUUUAAAAAAGAAGCCUACCAACAACAGAUAGAAAUGGAACGACUGAACCAUCAGGCCGAACUGUUGUUGAAAAAAGUCACAGAGGAAAGUGAGAAGCAUACUGUUCAAGAUCCUUUGUCUGAACUCAGGCUAUUAUGGGAAUGUCUAGAGGAUAAAAUCGUUAGCCGCCAGCAUAAACUGGAAGGUGCUUUAUUGGCUUUGGGGCAGUUCCAGCAUGCUCUGGAUGAAUUGCUGACAUGGCUGACACACACUGAAGACCUGCUGAAUGAACAGAGGCCAGUGGGAGGUGACCCCAAAGCUAUUGAAAUUGAACUGGCCAAACAUCAUAUUUUGCAAAAUGAUGUCUUGGCUCACCAGUCUACUGUGGAAACAGUUAAAAAAGCGGGAAAUGAUCUGAUUCAAUCAAGUGCUGUAGAGGAAGCUAGUAAUCUGCAAAGCAAACUUGAGCUUCUUAAUCAACGAUGGCAAAAUGUCUUGGAAAAAACAGAAAAAAGGAAGCAGCAGCUGGACAGUGCUUUGAUCCAGGCCCAGGGUUUCCAUGGUGAUAUUGAAGACUUACAACAAUGGCUGACAGAAACUGAGCGUCACCUUUUGGCAUCAAAGCCUGUUGGUGGCUUACCAGAGACUUCAAGAGAGCAGCUUAAUACCCAUAUGGAACUUUGUGCUGCCUUUGAAGCUAAGGAGAAAACAUACAGAUGUCUGAUGCAGAAGGGCCUACAGAUGCUUGCAAGAUGCCCAGAGUCUAUGGAAACUAAUGUUGAGCAGGAUAUAAAUAAUCUUAAAGAAAAAUGGGAAUCAGUAGAGACCAAACUUAAUGAAAGAAAAAUCAAACUGGAAGAAGCUCUCAGCUUGGCAGUGGAAUUUCACAAUUCGCUACAAGAUUUUAUCAACUGGCUUACCCAAGCUGAGCAAACUUUGACAAUGGCUUCUCGGCCAAGUCUUAUUUUAGACACUGUCCUAUUUCAGAUUGAUGAACACAAGGUCUUUGCCAAUGAAGUAAAUGCUCAUCGUGACCAGAUUAUCCAGCUAGACAAAACUGGAACUCAUUUGAAGUACUUCAGCCAGAAACAGGAUGUGGUCCUCAUUAAGAAUCUUCUCAUUAGUGUCCAGAGCAGGUGGGAAAAAGUAGUUCAGCGCUUAGUAGAAAGAGGAAGAGCCUUGGAUGAUGCAAGGAAGCGUGCCAAACAGUUCCAUGAAGCUUGGAUCAAACUUACUGAAUGGUUGGAUGAUUCAGAAAAGACUUUAGAUGCAGAACUGGAAAUUGCAAAUGAUCCAGACAAAAUCAAAAUGCAGCUUGCCCAGCAUAAGGAGUUCCAAAAAUCUCUUGGAGCUAAACAUUCUGUGUAUGACACCACAAACAGGAGUGGGCGCUCUUUAAAAGAAAAAACUUCCCUCACUGAUGACAGCCUGAAAUUGGACGAUAUGUUGAGCGAGCUUAGAGACAAAUGGGAUACGGUCUGUGGAAAAUCUGUAGAAAGACAAAACAAACUGGAAGAAGCUCUCCUGUUCUCUGGGCAAUUUACUGAUGCUCUUCAGGCUCUCAUAGAUUGGCUUUACAAAGUGGAACCACAGCUGGCCGAAGAUCAGCCUGUGCACGGAGACAUUGAUUUAGUGAUGAAUUUAAUAGAUAGCCACAAAGGCUUCCAAAAGGAACUGGGGAAAAGGACCAGUAGUGUUCAGGCCCUGAAACGUUCUGCUCGAGAGCUAAUAGAAGGUAGCCGUGAUGAUUCCUCUUGGGUUAAGGUUCAAAUGCAGGAGCUUGGUACUCGGUGGGAGACUGUGUGUACUCUCUCUGUCUCCAAGCAAACUCGACUAGAACAGGCCCUUCAUCAGGCAGAGGAAUUCCACUCAGUUGUCCAUGUGCUUCUGGAAUGGCUGGCUGAAGCUGAACAGACCCUGCGUUUCCAUGGGAUCCUACCAGAUGAUGAAGAGGCCCUGCGUAUGCUAAUAGAUCAGCAUAGAGAAUUCAUGAAGAAACUGGAUGAAAAAAAGUUUGGGCUAAGUAAAGCCACGGAUAUGGGAGAGGCCAUCCUGGCUAUUUGCCAUCCAGAUUCCAUCACUACCAUCAAGCACUGGAUAACCAUUAUCCGAGCAAGAUUUGAAGAGGUGGCAGCAUGGGCAAAGCAACACCAGCAAAGAUUGGCAGGGGCCCUCGCUGCUCUUAUUGCUAACCAGGAGUUAUUGGAAGCAUUAUUGUCCUGGCUGCAGUGGGCAGAGACAACGCUGACUGAAAAAGACAAAGAAGUCAUUCCUCAGGAGAUUGACGAUGUCAAGGCGCUCAUAGCAGAGCAUCAGACAUUCAUGGAAGAAAUGACCAGAAAACAGCCAGAUGUAGAUAAAAUUACGAAGACACAUAAAAGAAAAGCAGCUGAAACCAGCCCAAUCCAAUCUCAUAUUCCUGUAUUGGAUAAGGGAAGAGGAGGAAGAAAAUGUUCUCCAAUCCCAAGCAUAUACCCUUCAGGUGCUCAGACCCAAAUCGAGACAAAGAAUCCACGGAUUAACCUCUUGCUCAGCAAAUGGCAACAAGUCUGGCUCCUGGCCCUGGAGAGACGAAGGAAACUUAAUGACGCCUUAGACCGAUUAGAAGAGCUGAGGGAAUUUGCCAAUUUUGAUUUUGAUAUUUGGCGGAAGAAGUAUAUGCGAUGGAUGAACCACAAGAAAUCUCGAGUAAUGGACUUCUUUAGGAGGAUAGAUAAAGAUCAGGAUGGAAAGAUAACAAGACAGGAAUUUAUUGAUGGGAUUCUCUCUUCAAAAUUUCCUACAAGUCGCCUGGAAAUGAGUGCGGUAGCAGACAUUUUUGACAGAGAUGGCGAUGGCUAUAUUGACUAUUAUGAAUUUGUAGCAGCACUUCAUCCAAACAAGGAUGCAUACAAACCUCUGACAGAUGCAGACAAAAUUGAAGAUGAGGUGACAAGGCAAGUAGCAAAAUGUAAAUGUGCAAAGCGGUUCCAGGUGGAGCAGAUUGGCGAAAAUAAGUACAGAUUCUUCCUGGGAAAUCAGUUUGGUGAUUCCCAGCAGCUUCGUCUUGUCCGUAUCCUGCGAAGCACCGUUAUGGUUCGUGUUGGAGGUGGUUGGAUGGCACUAGAUGAGUUCUUAGUGAAAAAUGAUCCCUGCAGAGCAAAAGGAAGGACAAACAUGGAGCUCCGCGAGAAGUUCAUGUUAGCAGAUGGGCCUUCCCAAAGUAUGGCUGCCUUCCGAUCAAGAGGACGUAGAUCACGGCCUUCUUCAAGGGGCGCUUCUCCCAACAGAUCCAUGUCUGUGUCCAAUCAACCUGCCCAAGGAACUCCAGUUUCAGCUCUUGCUGCUAGUACGCCCAAGACACCCCAUCCUUUAACACGCAACUAUGGUAAACCAUGGUUGAUAAACAGCAAAACGUCAUCUCCUUGUAAACCAUCAGAGUGCUCUGAAUAUCAAGUAUCAUCCACAGAGGGAACUCCAAUACAAGGGAGUAAACUUAAACUUCCAGGAUAUCUUUCUGGGAAAGUUUUUCAUUCUGGAGAAAAUAAUGGCCUAAUUUCAACAGCAGCUACAAGAGCCAGAGCACAUUUUGCAGAACCUAGAAAAACAUCAAGUAGGCCUGGCAGUCGUGCUGGAAGUAAAGCUGGGAGCAGAGCGAGCAGCCGCCGGGGCAGCGAUGCCUCUGACUUUGACAUUUCAGAAAUCCAGUCAGUGUGCUCAGAUAUGUCAGAAACUGUUCAUACCCCAAUUAGACCAAGAUCCCGACCGAAUUCUCGGUCCGCCUCGGGAAAGCCUUCCAAAAUUCCAACUCCACAAAAACGAUUGCUAGUCAGAAAAUUAGACAAGUCCUCCAAGAGAUAAUGCAGUUGGCUCCUCAAAGUAUUUUCUUUUCUUCUGUGCAUUAAAUAUUUAAGUUUCUAAGAUGUAAAUUAUCCUGUAGAAAUUA